CUUCUAGAAGCAGUUUCACUUGCCCGCAUGGCAACAUUCCUCAACAUUCUUUGCACCAAGAUACCACGAGACCCACAAUCUGGCCGUGGAACCGGGCUCCCUUAUGGAUUGGUAGCCAAGACCGCCUCGCCGCUCGGGGCGACAGAUAGAAUGUGGAUACGGUCCAAAGAGGAUUUGGAUAAGGAAGAUGAGGAGCAAGAGAAGGAACAGGAAGAACAAGAAGAGGAGAAGGAGGAGGAGGAGGAGGAGGAGGAAGAAGAAGAGGAAGAAGAAGUAGAGGAGGAAGAUGUAGAAGAGGAGGAAGAGGAAGAAAAGGAGGAAGAGGAAAAUGAGGAGCAAGAGAAGGAACAGGAAGAACAAGAGGAGGAGGAGGAGGAGGAGGAAGAAGAGGAAGAGGUAGUAGAGGAGGAAGAUGUAGAAGAGGAAGAGGAGGAAAAGGAGGAAGAGGUGGAAGAGGAAGAAGAGGAGGGGGAGGAGGAAGAGAAAGAAGGGGAUGAAACGGAGGAAUAG